GCGACCGAUUCUCAUCAGAUGUUCAACUCGCACGUGUCAUGUCAACAUUCGUUAUUCGCUCGCAACAUUCAUUGACGUGCGGGUGGAGUGUCAACUGUGAGCAAGUCGGUGUUUCCUAUGUGAAUUCGCGUGUAAACAAUACACAAAACAUCCAAUUACCCCCGCAAUUUACAAAUUACAUCCGCGUGAGUGAAGUUGAGUUAGUGUCAUUUGAAAUUAUUAGUGAUUUAGUGCAAUAUUCUGUUCUAAUCUCUGCUAAGAUGAGCAAACCCUUGAAUACGUUGUGUGAUAUGCUGGAGACUUACGGGGGGAGAGAUAAGGUAAUGAAAGCAUUAUGUUACAGCGCAAAACUUGUAGCUGGUCUACAAGCCAAAAAAAAUCCGGAAUUGGCGAAAAAAUUCGGAACAUUCAGUUCAAAAAUAUCAGGCGCUCGAGCAACCCUUCGCCUAGUAGAUGAUUUCCCCAUGUUGCAGUACUCACUCGAAUAUGGUUUAGGAAAGUCGGAACCUGAUCGAACUAUGUCAAUUCUUGGAGUCCUAGCGAAUAUCGUAGACCAUAUUUAUUACCCAGUAGAGAAAAUUUGUUGGCUUGCCGAGCAUAAUCUCAUAAACGUCCAAGACCCAGACAAAUGGGACGUGAUAAAUUCAGUAUUUUGGGUGAUGUCAAUUUAUUUGAAUUUAAUGAGGACAUUGCGAAACUUUGCCAUGAUGCAAGAGCAUAAAACAUGUCUAAAUUCUGCAAGCAAUUCGAAAGAAAAUAUCGAAAAAAUUCUGGCUAGGCAGCGAAUGGAAAUAAUUACAAUAGUUCGGUUAACCUUAGACUUCACCCACGCCGUCAGUACGCUACCAAAAGGGUGGCUUUGGGGCGGCCGACUAGAAACGUGGCAUGUGGGAUUGAUUGGAACCACCUCGGCAGCGAUAGGAAUUUAUCAAUUCAUCAAGAAACGCUCCAAACACUAAUAUUCAAAUCGUACCUGAUGACCUGAUCUACUGUAAUUGACGAUAUUUGUAUUUUUUAUAAAUUUAUAGAAGGAGUUUUGCUAUUUUUAAUAUUUUAACAUUUGAACUGAAAGCAAAAUGUGAAUGGUAUGAGUGUGUCAAGUGCAAAGUAAUUUAUAUUCUAUUUUAAUAUAAUCUGAUGGUAAAAGUAAUUGCAAUUGGUAUUUAAGCGCAACGAACUGCAAUAAUUCAUGUAAGCACCAUGAAGUUAAGAAAAUAUAUUGUUGACUAUUG